GCUUAGUUUUAGGUUUGGAGGAUUCUCCCUAACAGCUAAGAAGAAGGAGCGCUGCAAUUUACAGCAUACUGAGAGGUACCUGUUGUGAAAAUGGAUCUGAAACUUGUGGCUGCAUCAGUCCUGUUAGUACUUCUCUGCUCAGAUGUCUCCAGCUAUCACUUGCAGAAACGAGAAGCCGAGGAAAAGGAAAUCUCAACCCAACUUCAGGAGGCAGCCAAGAGCUACUGGAAUCAGGCCUUGAGCUGGCUAGAACAAGUCAAACCCCUGCAGGUGCAAGAGAAGCUCAGUGACAUCUUGCAUAAAGGGACGGCGGCCAUGAGCACCUACUCAGGCAUAGUCCAUGACCAGGUCUACCAUUGGUGGUACGGGGAUCAUUAAUUUGAUUCAGCUUGCUUCGUUCUGUAGAGACUAGACAUUAGUGAACUUUUCCCCCCAUAAAUUUUGGAUGUAAAGGUGUUUUCCUGCUUAGCAAGUGAAUAAAGCUCCUUCCCUGCUAA